UUUAUUUAUUUCCAAUAAUCCCCUUUUUCUUUUUGGCCUUUUCACUUUAUUCCACAGAAUUUAUUCCCUAAUUUUUUGUGCCUUUACGAAUUUUGAGGCGCAUAUUAUCAUCAGAUCAAUCAAAUUUUCGUUACUGAUAUUUUCGAAGUAAACGGACUACAUAGAAUCGGUUAAAACUUGAUUGAUUGGUCGAUCCAUCUAACGAUCGAUCAUCAAGAGUUUGAGAAGUGUUGGUUGGCAAAAGUAGCGAUGUCCGGACCAUUGGAUCGAUUUGCGAGGCCAUGCUUUGAGGGGUCAUCUGGCAAUGAUGAGAGGAGAGAAAGAAAAUCUGAUUUUGAAAAUUCUGAGGAUGAAAGAAGGUCGAGAAUUGGUUCCUUAAAAAAGAAAGCAUUGAAUGCAUCUUCAAAGUUCAAGCAUUCUCUCAAGAAGAAGAAGAGCAGUAGAAGAAAGAGCGAUGUUCGUGGUAGCUCUGUUUCAAUUGAGGAUAUCCGGGAUGCUGAGGAGCUGCAAGCUGUUAAGGCAUUUCGGCGAGCCUUGAUGUUGGAUGAGUUGCUGCCAGACAAAUUUGAUGAUUAUCAUAUGAUGUUGAGAAGUAUUUCUUGCAGGUUUUUGAAAGCAAGGAAAUUUGAUAUUGAAAAAGCAAAACGGAUGUGGGCUGAUAUGAUCCAAUGGAGGAAAGAUUUUGGUACUGACACCAUUGCGGAGGAUUUUCACUUCCAAGAGAUGAAUGAAGUUUUGAAGUAUUACCCCCAUGGUUAUCAUGGAGUCGAUAAAGAGGGAAGGCCUGUGUACAUUGAAAGACUAGGGAAAGUUGACCCUAACAAACUUAUGCAAGUUACCACCAUUGACCGUUAUGUUAAAUACCACGUGAAAGAGUUUGAGAGAAGUUUUGUUGUUAAGUUCCCAGCUUGUACAAUUGCUGCCAAAAGGCACAUUGAUUCAAGCACAACAAUUUUGGAUGUUCAUGGUGUGGGCUUGAAAAACUUUACUAAGGGUGCACGGGAACUCAUUACACAACUUCAGAAGAUUGAUGGCGAUAAUUAUCCUGAAACACUUCAUCAAAUGUUUAUCAUCAAUGCUGGUCCAGGCUUUAGGCUACUGUGGAGUACUGUAAAGAGUUUUCUUGAUCCUAGGACCACCACCAAGAUCCAUGUUCUUGGAAACAAAUACCAGAACAAGUUGCUUGAAAUAAUAGAUGCCAGUGAGUUACCAGAAUUCUUGGGUGGAACGUGUACUUGUGUAGACCAAGGGGGUUGCCUUCGGUCAGAUAAAGGGCCAUGGAAAAAUCCAGAGAUACUAAAGAUGGUCCUUGAUGGCGAAGCACGACGUGCCAGGCAGGUCGUUAAAAUUCUUAACAGCGAAGGAGAGAUAGUUUAUGCUAAAAACCACUACUCAAUACAGGUAAAAGGCAGUGACACCUCAACUGCUGAAUCUGGUUCUGAAGCUGAAGAUAUUGCUUCACCAAAUGCUAUUAGGAGUUACUCACACCUUCGGUUGACUCCUGUUCGUGAGGAGGCUAAAGCUAUUGGAAACACUAGCUUAGUUGGUAACUUAUCAGGAUAUGAUGAGUAUGUUCCUAUGGUUGACAAGGUUGUUGAUUCUGGCUGGAAGAAGCAGGCACUGCUUCCAAAACCUUAUAUUUCUAAAGAUAUGCUUCUUCCACCCAAUUCUCAAGAGGCGCGAAAAAGACUUCAUGCUCGACUUUUGGCAGUUAUCAUGGCAUUCUUCUCGACCCUUCUUGUGUUCUUCCGUUCAAUGUCAUGCCGUAUCACCAAGAAACUUCCCAAUGCAUCAUCAUAUCCUGAGGAAAACAUUCAGGAGUCGGCAUCUGGCUUGAUCCCUAAAGAAGAAUUUCGACCCCCUUCACCGCCUCCAGAAUUGGCCGAGGUGGAACUUCUAUCUUCUGUCUUGAAAAAGCUGGGUGAACUUGAAGCAAAGGUGAAUACUUUUCAAGAAAAGCCAUUGGAAAUGCCCCAUGAAAAAGAAGAACUGCUGAAUGCUGCUGUUUAUCGAGUAGAUGCCCUUGAAGUAGACUUAAUUGCAACCAAAAAGGCUCUGCACGAGGCUCUGAUGAGGCAAGAGGAACUGCUCGCUUAUAUAGAUGGUCAAGAAGAAGCCAAGUUUCAGAAGAAGAAACUUUGCUGGUAAGAUGUGUUGAGAGUGGAGUUGCCACGAUUCAAAUAUGUUAUUGAUCACACGGGAAUCGGCAUAAAAUGCCAUUGUACUUAAGAAAGCCCCUGGUGUGUGUGUGUGUGUGUGUGUGUGAGAGAGAGAGAGAGAGAGAGAGAGAGAGAUUGAAAUCUUUCUAUAUUUAUGUGUAUAUGUUCUGAAAGAACUUAGUGUGGUUUGUGUUUGUUUACACUUGUAAAUUGCACAGCUUGGAUUGGAUUGUGUUUGAAAUGAGUGAAAUUCAUGAUUACUCAUAAAUGUGUGCGAGUCCAUGUUAGUAUU